UGUGCAAAGACUAAGCAGUGCAUCAUUUCACCACUGUAUGGAACAUCUGUAACAAGACUUUAAGGAUAUGGCAUCAAUAUUGUGGAACAGUGCAGUACAAGAGAGAGCUACUGAGCUUCACGGAGACAGUUGGGAUGUUGUAUUUGAUGACUCUAUUACUCAACACAACACAGCUUCUGGGUGGUACCAUUACAUCUCCGGAUCUUUUGCAGGGUUCUCCUGUUCCCUUUGUAGAAGGACUUGGGCAUCUAAAAGAGUGCAGGUGAUCUUCCAUUUCUAUCUGAACUCAGCAAGCAACCAGGGAACCAUUAAGGUGCGACGCUUCAAACAGAAAUGCAAGAGGUGCACUGGAGCUCGGAUGGAGGAUCCAAACUUCUCGGUGGAAAACAUUGACGUGCUGGUUGAGAGACUGGUUACAAAGAUUCGUGUAAGAUGCUACCUUGAAUACCUGGGUGAAUCAAACAGGCCCUCAAGGUUCAGUGGCAGAAUGAAUGGGCCUCAUGAAACUAUGCAUUGCGAAGCCUGCCAGAAUGGCGUCUGUAGUCAGGCCACAUGAUACCGAGUCCAUUAAACUGUUAAAGUCCAGGUAAAGUGACAUUAAAAUACUGUGCGGUACGAACCUUUAAGUAGCACCCCACAUAAGAAUAUUCUUCCUCUAAUUUUUCUCAAGAAAGUUCUUAUAUUAUCUCUUAAGAUCAGUGUAGCAGAUUCAAAGUAGGGAAGGAAGGAGACGGGAACAGGCAAACAUUUAAACACUUAAUCCUAUAUAAUAAAAAGUAAAAUGACAGCCGGCCGCCCCUCACGGUUUGAAGGCCGGCGAAUAAAAUAUAAAUACAAAGUAAAACAUGUUCGGGCCCGGUCCUCUCUCUUUGACGGUCCGGUCGCUUGUUCUCUUAUAUGCUCCCGAUAUCCUACGUGAUUUGAGACCGGUGCGCGCAUAGCUGGCGCUCUUUAACAAUAACUCACCGGUCUCGAACCACGGACUCGCCCCGCCUACUCCACAACAAUCAGUUUUGUGAAUCUGUUUAAAAACUGCACUUUUUCAUGAGUUAUUGCUUGUCCUCCUGCUGAUGAUGUACUGUAUCUUAUUUAUUACAAAAAGAAAUGUUAGUUAAUAUAUACUGAAUAUGUUUUAUUAAACAGUUUUUUAAAGGUCUUAUGAACUGUGCUU